GCCUGGCAGUCACUGUGAGCGGGCGUGGCGUCCCUCAUGGCAACCCAGAACCAGCGCUACACCUUAGUUGGGUUUUCUCGUGAACUGGACUGGAAAGCUUUGAACUUCGUGGAGCCCAUUCCGGAAUACAAAACUUGCAAUGCCUGCGGACUGGUGCCCAGAGUGACCGCCCUUCUGCCUUGCCUUCAUGUGGUCUGCCAGAAGUGUUACGAACAGUGCCGGCAUGGAGAUGAGCACUGCUGUCCCCUAGAUGGGCAUCGAGGUCUGGAAGAAGACGUCGACUGGAGAAAGUUUACUGUGAAUAACCUGCUCAAACGGAAGGUAAAAUGCUGGAAUGAAGAAAAUGGCUGUGACAUGGUUUUGGCCGCGUCAGAGCUCAACAAGCAUUUUUGCCAAGACUGUGACUACCACUCUGCACUUUGCCCUAAAUGUUCAACAGUAGUACUCUGUAGAAAUAUGUGCGCGCAUCUACAGAGCAAAUGCAGAAAUUCUGCGGUGUCUGCGACUUCUGCGACACUGCGAACAUCCAACAGUGACCAAAAUGCCGUGAUUACGGCCCUGAAUGCAACCAUAGACGUGCGAGUAGGGGAAAUUAAAGACAGGUUAGACUGCGUCACGAAUUAUAGUGACCGCUUCGACAGUAUUUCACACUGCAUAAACAAUAUGAAAGAAACGCUGCUACAAAGCUCAAUCGGAAGUUGUACGUUGGAGAGCGUUCCUUCACAAACUGCAGAUACUCUAUCGUCUGUUAGAGCAGUUCAGGAUACUUUGAUUGCUCACGGUGAAAAGCUGCAUGAGCUUGGGCGAACCAUAAAGAAUUCAAAUAAAUUCCUGAAGGGAGCUUUGGAAGACACGAAGCGAACUGUCAACAGCCUGAAAGAAGACAAUGCCGUAAACACGUUGCAAGUGGCUUUUAAGGACCGCUUGACGGCUGACAGCGGCGUCCUCAAGAAAGUUUGUGAAAGUGUUAAUGAGCUGAAGGAAACCUUUGGAAAAGAGUUGCAGGAGCAGCAGCGGCACCAGCCAGGGAACGCCUUAUCCAGCAGCACGGCCUCGGUAUCCGGCUCGUACGCGCCUCUCGCGACCGACGUGCUACAGUCGCACGUCAAGCACGGCCUCGGUGCCCAGCUCGUUCGAAUCAGGGGCGUCAAUCUAAAUCAUGCUCUCUACGCGGACGACAUCACCAUCUGGUGCGGCGGCGGGUCGGACGUAGCGGUGGAGCGGGCUCUGCAAGCGGCCCUAGACGUCACGAAAGAAUUCCUCGAGGGCCCGGGACUGGUCCUCUCGCCGACCAAGUCGGAGCUCUUGCUGUAUCGGCCCGACAGAAAGAGCCGCAAGUUCGACACGCCGCUGGAUCAAGUACCGAUGCAUCUCAGAACGAAUACGGGUCAGCACAUCCCGAGGGUUGAUUAUCUCAGGGUGCUCGGACUGGUCAUCAACGCUAAGGGCAGCAACGUGUAA